UUCUUUUUUUUUUUCCUUUUUAUUUUAAUGAAAGAACAGAAUAAGCGAGACCGAAUAUUUCGCGAUAACCGAGGAAUGAACACAAUCUAUCUCAUCAGUGGGGGAAUCCCCAUUCCUAUAAACAAGGAAGGGCCCUUUCGCUCCGCUCAUCUUCUCCUUCCCUCCCUCCCUCCUUCCUUCGAUCUCUCUCAUUUUCACCAUCAAAAGCUCCUCCGAACGCAGCUGCGGGAAGAAGACAAGACAUACGGAGAAGAAGAAGAAGAGGAAGAAGAGGCAACAGCAGUGACGAGCAAAGGUCUCUCUUCCGCCCGGAUUCACCAUUUCCCUUCGGUAGCUGUUUUUUCCUUGCAAAAGGAGAGGCCUUGAUAACCAUAACAGAAGGUUGUUGGUCGGUGCCGUGUAGUCUUUGACUCAGAAUCGGGCUGUCAAUAGCACGCAACAUUGACAGCCCGAUUUCCUUGAACAAAAGUCCGAGGAACCCUUCAGAGAAUCAGGUGAAUCAAACUCUGCAUAUUUCGGGUUUCUCCGGCUCAGUACGGGUCCGUUAUAGGUCUUAAGCAUAAUCUAGAGACAAUUUGAGGGUUAUCUGUAAUCUGUCUAUUCAACCCCAGAAUGGGUUCAUUGUCCGGGAUCAUUCAACGUCCCCUUGUCGCAGCAGCUGCUGUUGCUGCGGCUUCUGUAUCUGUCGACCUCCCUGAUAGGUUCUCCCCUUCCAAGCCCGCUGAUACUUGCUCCGGUUCUGGUCAGAUCGUUUCAUCUCCCUCCGCUUCCCUGAGCGACUUGCAUUCCCCAUUGGUCUCUCAUAUCUCUGCCUCAAAGCUCUCAAAUUUGUCCUUUGUGAAGAAGAUCCAUGUCCCUGUCCCUGACAUUAAGAAGUACGCUGUCCCCAGUCUAGGGGCAGACAUUGCAAGGAGCCCUUUGAGCUCUUCUAUCGUGCCAACCUCAGCUCUUCAGAAUCUGUAUCAGAGGGCUGAUUUGGUGAAUGCACCGAAGCCUAAUGCAUUUGUUAUUAGCAUUCCUACCUCUGCCUCAGGAUCAGAGGAGGUUCUUUACAAGUGGCACUUGCCUGAUCCAAGUGCUACAGAUGUCUCCAGAAAUCCCUCCGAUUGCUCAUCUGCUAAAUCGAGGACUGUUGUGGUGUUGUUGGGUUGGUUGGGAGCAAAGCAGAAGCACUUGAAACGAUAUGCUGAGUGGUACGCUUCAAUGGGGUUCCAUGCAAUUACAUUCACCUUCCCGAUGAGUGAGAUUCUGAGUUACCAGGUUGGAGGCAAAGCGGAGCAAAAUAUCGAGCUGCUUGUGAACCAUUUGGCUGAUUGGUUAGAGGAGGAAAUCGGGAAAAAUCUUGUUUUCCACACUUUCAGCAACACCGGUUGGUUAACGUAUGGAGCCAUUUUGGAGAAAUUUCAGAAGGAGAACCCUUCUCUAGUCGGAAACAUCAGGGGUUGCAUUGUAGAUUCUGCUCCUGUAGCUGCCCCUGAUCCUCAGGUGUGGGCUUCAGGUUUCUCAGCAGCUUUUCUGAAGAAACAGAGUGUGGCAACCAAGGGAAUUACAAGUUCGACCGCAUCUAUCACAGAAGUAGCUUCGGUACCAAAACCUGCAGUCACAGAGGCUGCUCUGCUAUUAGUUCUCGAGAAGUUCUUUGAAGUAAUCUUGAACCUCCCAUCAGUUAACAAGAGGCUCUCUGACGUCCUUGAUGUACUAUCAUCACAACAGCCAAAAUGCCCGCAACUGUACAUAUACAGCUCAGCAGACAGGGUGAUUCCUGCGGGGUCUGUGGAGUCCUUCAUCGAGGAGCAGCGAAGGAUCGGGCGCGAGGUCCGGGCCUGCAACUUCAUCUCCACACCUCAUGUCGAUCACUUUAGAAACGACCCACAGCUAUACACAUCCCAGCUGACCCGUUUCUUGGAGGACUGUGUUUUAACUUGCUGCCGGAGCUCCUCAUCCUGACAAGUUAAAAACGCAAGUCCAUACAAGUGAUUUUUGCGUAAUCUGACAGAAACAUCUCCAUUAAUUUGUAAUUCUUUUCAAAACAAGUUACCAGAUAUAGAUGAUUUAUUGUCUCUAGGAAUUGUCAUUGAUCUGGGAAAUGUAAAGAUCAAAUUGAACAGAAAUUAGGAUAAAGAGGAUGAGAUUUCUGACAGCAUUUGUCAGUUAUACUGUACAUUCAAACAUGGAUGGGCAUAUCGGAUGAAGGAUUGUUUGGUCCCACAUUGCUCCGUUAUCUUGAUAAUGUUUGCCAUACUUCGGUGUUGGUGAUGUCCUGAAUUCGUAGCUUUGCAGCCUCAGAACAACCGACUUAUCUCGUAUGGGCACAUUGAUGAUAAGAUAAACUUGCAUGUGGAACUGGGUAUCUUCGAUAUCUUCCUUAUGGUAAUUGCUCAAUAUGAAGGAUUCUAUUGUUGAUUUUGUU